AUGGGGUGUUUCUUCCAAUGCUUUGGCGUCAGAAACGAUCGUUCCCGCCCUCAUAUAGUCCCUUCCUUGUCAAAGUCCAUCGAACAUGCAGUUUCUCGAGAUCGGUUGUCAUCUCUCUUUGUUGAUGGUGAGAAAAGAGAUUCUUCAUCCAAGGAUUUGGAGUCUCCACAAAUUGAUAAAAGUCUCAUGGAUGAGGCAAAAUUCCUCAAAGCUUGUGGCACAAUACCAGAGACUCCGGCUGCAAUUCGCAAAGCAUCUCAGAAGUUUAAACAGUCCCCACCUUGUGUUGUAGAUUCAGAGACUUCUAAAUUUCGUUCAUGGCUUCCAAACACACCCAUUGAUAAGUUUAAGUUGGAUAAGCAAUCUGAUCACCCACCUACUCCAAAUAAACUUUUCCAGGCGUUGGAGAGGUCGGAUUCUACGGAGAACACUCCUAGCAGCUGUAUAUCGGAUGCAGCAAACACUGGGAUGUCUGCCAUGAGUUCUACUGAAGGUAGUGAGGCUAUGACUACUGAUAAAACAGUCGAGAUCGAUGUCAUCUCAACUUCUGCUUAUGGAAAGAACAACAAGUCUGUUCGGUUUGAAUUUGAAUUUGAAUCUGAUGGUUCUUCUAAAUCUGAAAAUAUUGGCCAAAAUCCAGAGAAACUUGAAGCUUUAGGUUAUCUAAGUGCAUCAAAACACUCGCCAAACCCAACCCCGUUAAAGCUUUUUGAUGGAAUGCAAACCCCAGGAACUGUUUUUCCCUCAAACAUGGAAACCUUGGCAAACGGGAAGAUUAGAAUUCGGUCCGAAUAUGUUCAUAAUGCAAUGAAGGAAGAGGCAUUUAGUUCCAAAGAGAUGUUUGAUGAGCUGAAAGAAUCUCAUGAACGAUUAGAAAAUGCCAUCCCAAAGCUAGAAGUGGGAGUGAAACAAACUUCACUUUUGAAAGAUUCAGAGGAUGGAGGCUUGUCUUCUUGGUUGAAGCCAAAACAGAAUGCCAUGGAUGAUCCCAACAAGAAUCUUCAUGUCACAUUCAGCAAAACCCCUCAUAUUAGUAAAACCCCAGGGGAUAGACCCAUCAUUGGUUUGGUGGCUGCACACUGGAAAGAGGAUGAGUCUUCCCGCAUCUCACCCAAGUGGUGGGAUGGCAAUGGAAUCCCAAAUUCAACUACCAAAUACAAGGAGGAUCAGAAAGUGAGUUGGCAUGCAACCCCAUUUGAAGAAAGGCUGGAAAAGGCUUUGUCAGAUGAGACUCUCAUCUCUCAGAGGAAGCAUGUUGACCAACCAAGGAUGUGUCUUGAUGAGGUUGAUAAAGGUGACACAGCUCAGUCUCAGCUGCGACCAUCUUCACAUUCCAAGUCUGUCGUUUCGUUCUGACUAUACAUAUCUUGCUCUUCCUUGAAAUCUCAGGUUUACAUUUAAUGAAAACACAGAUGUCUAAAAUCAAGAAAAAUAAUGGCAUUUAGUUUAGAGCUUUUUCUCUGGGAAUCAUGCUGUGUUGAUUGUAAUUCUCAGCUGGAAUAAAGAUCUGCUUGACGUGUAUGUCAUCGAUUCAAAUGAUGACAUGCAGUUUUUGUUAAGGUUAUAUUACUUCGUUCGCGUUAAGAGAGGAAAAUGUAA